CAAGUGGGUGGCGGGAGAGAGGGGUCCGGCCCAGCGAGCGAAUGAAGGUCCGCAACCGGAAGUGUCUUCAGAGCCGCGUCGCACCCGGAAGUAUGGCAGGAGAGCGGCCACAUCCGGAAGUGUGAUGCUUCCGCGGCUGCGGGAAGUAAUGGUACCUGGCCAAUUGAGAUACGGAGUUAAAACAGGGAUGUGCAGAUGGAGGCCGGAGGAGGCACUGCUGCCCCAGCCCCCGGGGACGCGGAGGACUUGGAGGAGAUGCGGUUCCCCAGUGGGGAGGCUAGAGACGGUGGAGGGAUUUGCAGGGACCUACCCGGUACUGGAGAUGCGAGCGUGGAGAAAACAGGAUCCGAGACCAAGGACCAGCCACCCGGCCUGCUGCUCCAGUCCGAGGCUCCAUCAUGCACCUAUGGGCUCUGGGGUCCGGCAGCCUCUGAGAACAGUCCCCUGGGCGGCCCUGAGAGUGGCUCAGGGGGCCAGGGCGGGGACCCCAGUGACGAGGACUGGCGCAGCAAGCGGAAGCACGUGUUUGUGCUGAGUGAGGCUGGCAAGCCCAUCUACUCGCGGUAUGGUAGCGUGGAGGCAUUGUCAACUACCAUGGGUGUGAUGACAGCUCUCGUGUCCUUUGUGCAGAGUGCAGGAGAUGCCAUUCGCGCCAUCUAUGCUGAGGACCACAAGCUGGUGUUCCUGCAGCAGGGCCCACUGCUGCUGGUGGCCGUGUCAAGGACGCCUCAGUCAGCAGCACAGCUGCGGGGGGAGCUUAUGGCCGUGCACGCACAGAUCGUGAGCACCCUGACGCGUGCCAGCGUGGCCCGCAUCUUCGCGCGCAAGCAGAACUACGACCUCCGCCGCCUGCUGGCCGGCUCGGAGCGCACUCUAGACCGGCUUCUGGACAGUGUGGAGCGGGACCCGGGUGCCCUGCUGCUGGGCGCCGUGCGCUGCGUCCCUCUCGCUCGCCCACUGCGGGAUGCGCUGGGUGCGCUGCUCCGACGUUGCACGGCGCCUGGCCUGGCCCUCUCGGUGCUGGCGGUUGGCGGUCGCCUGGUGACAGCAGCCCAGGAGCGGACUGUGCUGGCCGAGUGCCGGCUGGACCCAGCCGACCUGCAGUUGCUGCUGGACUGGGUGGGGGCACCGGCCUUUGCGGCGGGCGAGGCCUGGGCGCCUGUGUGCCUGCCCCGCUUCAAUCCCGAUGGUUUCUUUUACGCCUACGUGGCCCGCCUGGACGCCUUGCCUGUCUGCCUGCUGCUGCUCGGCACCGACCCCGAGGCCUUCCAUGACAUGGCCACCUGCCGGCGCCUGGUCGAGGACGGCAUGCACUCCCUUGGGGCCAUGCGCACCCUCAGGGAAGCUGCCAGCUUCUCCAACACUCCAUCGGCCGGUGCCUCGGCCUACAGUGUGCAGGCUGUGGAGGCCGCCGGCCUCCGGCACUUCCUCUAUAAGCCGCUGGACAUCCCCGACCAUCACCGCCAGCUGCCCCAGUUUACCAGCCCCGAGCUGGAGGCCCCAUACAGCAGACAGGAGGAGCGACAGCGCCUGUCCGACCUGUACCACCGCCUGCACGCGCGCCUCCACAACAGCUCCCGGCCCCUGCGCCUCAUUUACCACGUGGCUGAGAAGGAGACGCUACUGGCCUGGGUGACCUCCAAAUUUGAGCUGUACACCUGCCUCAGCCCCCUGGUGACCAAGGCAGGUGCCAUCCUCGUAGUGACCAAACUCCUGCGUUGGGUGAAGAAAGAGGAGGAUCGUCUGUUCAUUCGUUACCCACCCAAGUACUCCACGCCCCCUGCAGCCCCAGCUGCCUCCGCGGACCAAGCUUCCCAUAACGGCCUGUUUACUGGACCUUGAGAGGCGGAGCUCCCAGACUGUGCCGUGUGGGGAAGCACCACCUUUGGCUUUUACUUCCUGUCUCCACCCUGGAAAUGGGCGCGGGGGGGGGGGGGGGGGGGGGGGGAGGGGGGUUUGCUGGUGGUGGUGUCUGUGGCUGGUCCCUGUCUCCCCGGGCAAUGGAGCGAGAUCUGGGGGGCUGCCCACACAUGAGAGAUGGGUGGCAGUGUGACUGCACAUAGGUGAGCUGCUUCCCCAGCCCCCUUCUGCCCCCCCACCGCUGGGGAAAUCCUUAGGACUCCCUCUCCCCCUCCCUCUGCCACACCUCCUUCACUUGGAUGAUGCUGCAGCCUCUAUCAGGGGCCGUCUCCUCCAGUCCUGGGCACCACACCCUCCGUCCUGCAUCAGGGGUUUGCCUCCCCCACGGGAUCUCAGCCCUGAGGGUCCAGGGUCUCCUUGGGUGGCCCACGGGGGUUCUGGAAUUGGAAUGCAGGACCAGCCCGUGCCCAGAAACGGCCUGAAGAUAUUUUAAAGAAAAAAACUGCAUAUAAAAAGCCUAAAACCGACCCCCAUAAGGACAUUCCUUUGUGCUUCACGUACGUCACCUUUACCCAGUCAAAAACGGCCCCCAUCAGUGCUGGCUGCUGCUAGUAUUGAGAAGAUGGCCUCCAGCGUCUACCUGUCUUUGUAACCCGCGGCAAAGCACCUGACUUCACAUGGUGGCUGAGGUCCAGAAUUUUUACAUAGAUCCACUUACCUUCCACGGCUCAUUCUACUCACUCGUGAAAUGGAGAUACCUAACGUCUCAUAGGCUGUUAAGUGAGGAUUCGUGAACGAAAAGGGACUCAACGCAUGCGUACCACCACACAGCGUAUGGACAUUUGUCCCAGACUUGCACAACCUGCACAACACAAGAAUCCUAGAGAGGGAGAUGGCGAGACCUGCCUGUAAUUUCCAUGCGUGCACGCAGCACUCACUCGCCAACGACCAAGACCCUAGUUUUGCCCUUCUUUUCUCUAACCUGGAGUUGCAGGCCUCGUGGUGCACGCGUGCGGGCCAACUGUUGCUCGGGGUCUCUGGGCUGUGCCCUCCCGAGAGCUGAAAGCCCAUUUCUCCUCACCCUGGUCAACUGACACACAGACACGCACUGGACGCGUGCGCUCUGCACAGCCCAUCCCCACUCGCGUGAUUUUUUUUUUUUUAAGCCAAUCAUCGUCCCAAGCGCAGGCGCGCCAGUCGUGCGAGCGUUGGAAAAUGGCGGGGGAGUUGAACCCUUCCGAGGUGGCGCCGCCGGUAGUCCUUGAGGAGGCUGAAGGUAGUGAGGGCAAGUGGGCCUCUGGUGGCCAGGGUAGAAGGAAGGGAGGCUUCGUGCCCUUACAAUAAUGAAACAUUGAUAGCAGUACUUAAAGAAGAAAAAUUGUAAGCCUUUUAUAAAAACAAAAAAAAGCUCUUCAACAAAGUGCAGAUAAAUAACAUGUAUAUUCUCAGCAGGUCGAUUAAUUGCUGUCAACUUUAUUGGCUAUAUUGCUUACGUAUUUUAAAGUAAACAAUAGACUAAAUACUUCAGUAUGCAUCUCUUCAAACAAAAGAGGGGUGGAUGGUCUCGCAGAACCCACUCAGCUGCUGCCAUAGCUAAGAAAAUUAACAGUAAUUCCCCAAUAUCAUCAUUUCACACCCAGCCCAUAUCACACUUUGCAUGGACUCUUAAAUCUUAAUUGUGAAUGGCACUCCCACAGACGGCUUCUUUGGAGAAAAUUCUCCAGGGCAGUUUGUUGAUAUUGACACCACACACCCCAGUGAGAGGAAAGACAAAACUUUCCUAGAAGGAGUUGGAAAUUUAGGUCUAGCCAAAAGAAGAAAAUCUCCCAAGACAAUGAUCCCCUGUUCGCCACUAGCAUUUUUUUUAAUUAUAGAAAUUUUCAAAAUGUACCAAAGCACAGGAAAUAGCGUGACGAAUGCCCUUGUACCCAUCACUCUGUAUCAAGUGUUUCGACUCUUGGCCCUCCUUUCAUUUAUCUCUGACCACCUUUCCUACACACUCUUUAAACCAUCAUAUUAAUGAGCACAUUGGAUUGCAUCUUUCCAGAUAUAUCUAUGCAGAUGACAAUAAUUAUGCACUUGUAUAUUGUCUAUCUUAGGAUGUGAGCUUCAUGAGAACAGACCAAUUAUUGCCGUUUCCCCAGCACCUGAAACAAUGCCUGCUUGGCAUAUAGUAGGUGCUCAGUAAUUUUUUUACUGCAUGAAUAAUGAACUAACACUGAGAGCUCUCUUAGAUUUUGGCCUCACAUUGAGUGCAAGCUUUCAACAAGAAAUAAGACAUGCCAAUAAAUCUUCCUUAUAAAGCACUUAGUAUAGCUGCCACUGUGCUUUAAAAAAAAAAAAAAAGACAUUAUCAAAUUUUUUUAAAAAAGGAAGUUAUGAUCAACUUCGCCAGCAAUGGAGAAAGUUGAAAAGCAUAUCAAGUUACCAUUUCUAACCCAUCAAAAUUGGCUUUAGAAAAAUAUAUCUGGUAUUUUCAUAUCUUCACUCACCAUGCUUGGUAAUCUUAGAAUACACAGAUGUGUGGACCAAGCAGGGUCAUUGGAAUGUUGUUGAUGGAAGCAAAACACAGGAGCAAUCACGAAAUGACUAAAUUUAGGUAUAUCCAUGCAUUAUGGAAUGCCUGUAUAGUGGACAUUUUUUCUUAAGAGGCAGGAAAAAAAUUCCAAUUUAAUUUAUUUAAUUAAAAUUAAUUUUAAAAGGAGAAGACAGUGAUUCAUUAACAGAGAGUGAGCUUCAAAAGAGAUCAUAUUCUUAUGAGAGAAAAGCAAGUUGGGAUUAAAAAAAAGAAGAAAAAAAAAAGAAGAGGCAGUUCAACUACAGCCCUACGUGUGCUGCUUAGAAAAAUGUCUGAAGGCUAAAGGCCUAACUGGUGACUCUCAACAAGGGACUUGGAUUUGGGGGGCUGUGUAGAGGUGGAAGCAUUUUUGUAAGUUUUUAGAAAGGAAAAUGUAAGUAGUGCUAAAUAAUAUUAAUAUAUAAGAGAAAAAAUGCUGAAUGGCGUCUGAGGAUCAUACAUUAAUAUUGGUCAAUAUUAACAUCUCUGUUUUGAUGGUUAUACUGCAGUUACCUGGUAGAGUCCCCUUAUAAAUAGGAAAUAUACUCUGAAAUAUUAAGAAAUAAUGGGUCAUGAUACCUGCAAUUUAUGUGCAGUAAUGCUCACAAAUGGGAAAUCUGAUACAAGGGCAAAUAGCCCUGUGGCCUAUUUCUACAACUUUUAUGUAUUCAAUACAUCUGAAAUUAUUUCAAAAUAAAGUGUUUCAAAGGGG